CGUCGACUUUGAUAUCAACGUCGAUAAGUUUGCGCUGGAUUGGGAGGACUGGGAACCACUUAUGGUGCGCAAGGGCAAUGUCGCGGACGCGUGGGCGCGGAUGUUGCUCAACGCAGUGCCAUCGUCAACCGAGUGCGGCGGCCCAUGUACAGACGCUUACUGCGAGCGCAAUUACUUGACAACAUUCGAGCAGUGGGUACAAGCAGCAUUGGACGUCACACCCGUGAAGAUGCGCGGAUCAUCAUUGCGGACACGAGUACAGCUACAUGACCUUGAGUGGGCCCUCUCUUGCGCGAGUGCUGCCGUCUUCUGGGCCGAACAAGGCGUUGGAUUCCAGCAUGCUAGUAACGACAACGAGCGACAGCGUCGUGGCUUCUCCGGUGCUCAUCUCGCGUAUGCGCCUGAACUCCGUCGCGCUCGGCCUUGGAGCCGGCGCGUCUGCAGCCGCCUUCGUUCUUGCCCUCGUCCUCGUCAGCCGUCCGGCCCUUCGGCCGAGCGCUGAUCACCCCGAUAGCGCUGGCACCCUGCAGUUACUCUGGUUCGCACGACGGCGACACGAAGCUUUGGCACCUCUUGGACGAGUCGAUGAGCCGAGGGUGGCGGAUCUGCGGAGAACAGGGAUGGGAAUGGCCGCCAGUGCAAUAGCGGGUGAAUCAAGUAAUCACUUGCUACGGCGAGACAGUGCACGGUCAUCAACGUUGCGAAUGUCCACCUCACGACCACAGUCCGCGCCACGAUUAUCGUCGGUGGCGGAGACGUCGGACACGGGGAGCAUCCACACCGAUGUCACUGACAGCGUCGCGACGCGGUCGACCAUCAUGGUCGAGCGGUACGGGCACGACGCAGAAGACCGGCGUGCGAGCCAGAUGCUCGAACGACGCGCGAGCAAUCUGCACGUUGUCGACAGACGACCGAGCGGGGGCCUGCAGCUCGAGAGACGACAUUCCUCGCACGACGCGCCGCCGCACGCGCACUACAGCGACGACCCAUUCCGCAGUGCCGCGGACGACGAGCCGGAGAGGUAUUGGCGGGAUGAGGAGGAUCCGUUCAGGGCCGAGGACGAGGAUGGGCGGCAGUAUGCGAGGUGAUGUCCGUUUGCCUGCGUGGGAGCGAGUGAGCGACAGCGGUUGUGCAUAGCAUGCCUGGGACUCGGUUCUUUACAGCGGAUCUUACUGUAUUAUUAUAAUAUUUGUAUAGAAACGCAAAAACAGCUGAAAACAUUCGUUCGUAUGGAGGGAG